ACAUAUGUAUAUGCAUAUAAGGUUCGUAUUUACAUACUCGUGAGCAGCAUAUCAGUGCAGAUCUUGCUUCUACUCAUAUGUUUGCUUUGAAAUAUUUUUUUACUCGCCCAUAACUUAUUUGUCUGCAUUUCAAGCAUAAUUUCAAUAUAAAGCACGUGCUCAUGUACGUGUUUCAGUUUUGAAAAAAUACCAAAAAUAUAGCCAACGCGAUCUGACGAAGAAAUAUUGUAGACAAAAAAACCAAUUCGCUUCAGAGAAAGUAUUUGCCAACUUGUUGAUGUUCUGAAAGUCGGCCAUGUAACACCAAGGAUGGCAUUGUGUAAAAAAGAUUUUUCAAGGGUUCUGAAAUCUUCUCUCGAAUCACAAUUAAAAGUGAAAAAUCAUUUCAAUGACAUUCUUGAAGAUAUCUCAAGCGACUACGACGUAGUUCCAGAAAAAAUCGAUCGAUAUACCAAAAUCACGGUGAAAUUUAUAUAGACAAUGUCUCCUACAGUUCAGAAGAAGCAGCCUAGGCUAGAGGUAAAUACUUCCAACAUUUCUUGAAUGGAGAGGGACAGUUAUAGCCUGAAUAGGCUAUUAUUAAUAUCGACUCAAUGAGUAAAUAGAUAAGCGAACAUUAGGAAAACCAUUUUCUGAGGAGAUAAUAAGCUCUUGAUAAUGCGUCCAAGACUCGUGACUUUAAGUACUGAAUACAAAUGGUAAAUCACUAAUUAUUUCUCUUGGGUUAAAAAAUAAAUAAACAAGCGUUAUUAUUAUUUUUUGUACUAUUGUAAUACAUGAAUGUAUGUAUGUACAAUACAUUUGUAUAUUAAAAUUUUGUCUCUUUCUCGUUUUAUAAAUAAUCAAAUAAACUAAAUUGAUCUCUGAAGGUUCAGAAGGUUAUAGAAACUAAGUUAUGUCGUACUAAUAAAGCGCUUUAGAAAACUCAACUAACUCCAUGCCGCAAAUACAGUCUGUUUAUAUACAUACUAUAUGUAUGUGAGGGCCAUAAAAAUAGAAUGUAUGCAAUAUGACAUCGGAUUAAUUGGUUGUUCAAUUUGCAAAACGCAUUUGUCAUUAAUUUGCAUACAAAUAUACUUUCAUAGGUAAAUACACCAUAUGUACAUGCAUGGAUGUGUGGAGAUAACAAAUUGUUAUACAUGUCGUAUGAGUAACUUUAAAUGCAGUUUUAACAUAUCAGAUGAACCGUAGGAAUACGAAAUGUAGAGAACACAGCACAUUUAGCUAGAAAUAUUUUAGAAUACAGGAUAAAAAACUAGUUUUAUUUAUAUACUCUUAUGUGGCAUUCAUCAUAGGAUUAUUGCUGAAAAAUUUUCCCACGGCAGCAGUUAGUCCUAAACAACAGACUUCUUUUUACAGAAGAAAGUUCAUAAUUAAUACCCAUUAUAGAAGGAUAAGAUUUGUCAAGUUUCUUUUCAAUUUUGUUGAUAAUUUUUACAUGGGGCUGAUGGAAUUUUCCGAGUCGACUUUAAUUGCCGUUAUUGCGCCAUACUUAUGGACGUUUUCAUUAUUUGCUGUUGUGAUGCCGCCAUAUUAUAUACUUCGUGCGGUUCCAACAAAUCGCCACUGGAUGUUGUAUAUAAUUCGCACAGUUUUCGUACUUUAUAUGCUAGCGCAAUUUGUGAUCAGCUUUUGGGUCGCUUAUACCUAUAAUGUGCUGCUCAGUGGUUUUUUGAUGCGCAACUCUUUGGAUAUUAUGACUUGUGUAUUAAGUAUUGGCAUUAAUAUCGUACAGCUUGCAGUUCAAAUAACGGUAUAUGUACAAGCGUUAACCAAACACAAUUUAUUACGCGACGUCCUCAAUGAUAUUGUCCAAUUGGAAUCGGAUAUACGAAAACACUUAACGACCGAUUGUUCAUUGGCAUCUUUUCGCUGGCGUUUGGGGCUUCGCGUUGGCAUUUGGUUCGUGGUGGUUUCGACUUUUGUACCUUACCUGAGCUAUAUGCUUUACACUCAAUAUUUUCAUCCAAUUAAGCGUGGAAUUAUUGUUUUUUUCGGCACAAUAAUCCAUUUCAAAGGAGUUGAGUAUUGUAUUAGUGUACAGACGAUACAGGAGCUCUUACAACUGGUGCAGCAGCAGUUGGUACAUUUGAGACGAGAGCUGGUGCGCUGUGAAAGAGUGGAGCUGCGUUUUAGUUUAUACGAUGACUUGCAAACGAACCAGAAACUUUUGGCGCGGGUGUGGAAUCUUCUCAAUCAAAUUGAACGCUAUUUUUUCAUUCCAAUGCUUAUGCUUUUCUUCAUCAAUGGAUUCGCUAUAAUACAAGCUAUACAUUGGGCUUACAUCAAUUUUGAGCGGGAUAACUUGAAUUUGCGUUUAUAUCGCAUAAUAUACACCGUCAUGAUAAUUCUGGCUUUGCUCAUACCCUGCUAUCUAAGUCAGUGCUGCAUUGAUGAGUACAAUCGUUUCGGCACAAUUUUGCACAAAUUGAAGACCAUGGGCAUUGAUGAGCAACUCAAUAUGCGUUUACAGGAGUAUUCCCUUCAAUUGAUGCAUCAAAAGAUGCUCUUCACCUGUGGUGGCUUCUUUGACAUAAACUUGAAAAAUUUUGGAGCGAUAAGUCUAACAAUCACGACUUAUAUUGUUAUACUAAUUCAAUUUAAAUUACAAGCAGAAACUGAGAAGAAAUCGAAUAUCGGAAUUCGUUUUGAAUAAAAUGAUUAUUUUAAAUAAUUGAUCGCCUAAUUCUAAUUUAUAUAUGUAUAACAUGCAAAAAGCAAUAAAAUAAAUGCAAACCGA